UCUUAUUAGCAGACAUGUUUUUUCUGUUAAUGAAAUGAAUUUACAGAUGGAAAUGUCCACAACCAGACACAGUAUGCAGGACAACUGUGGUUCCCAGCUGGAAAGUCUCGUCCUUAGCAAUUUUGGUGCUUGUUCGAAAACAUUGGACAGUGAAAGAAUCCACAGCCUGGCAGAAGCCUUGGCAACGUUGCCGAGGGGAAAGCAGCUUGCCAAAUCAAGAUCAAAUUCACUGGUUGACUCUACUGGAUCAGAACCCCACAGGAGAAUAGUCGUUAUUGUGAAACAGGAUAACGAACCUUUUGGAUUUGAAAUCCAGACUUACAAAUUACAGUAUGAGCACGGAUCAGAGAUGAAGACAUACGUGUGCAAAGUGCAUGAUAAUAGUCCAUCCAGUCAUGCUGGACUGAAAGCUGGUGAUAUGCUUACUAAUGUUAAUGGGAUGAACACAGAAGGAUUCAGCCACCAGCAGACCGUUGAACUAAUACGAUCAUCAGGAAACUUUCUCAGAAUUGAGACCAAAAAUAGUGUGAAAAUUAGACAAUCAGAAUUACAAGCUAAACUGCUUCUUUUAAAGGAAGAUUUGCGGUCAAAAUGGAAAGAGCUACAAAUUACUGUAAGAAAAGAACACCAGCUGCUUUAUGGAACAAUAAGUGAAUCCAAAAUACACGAGGAGCUUGACUGCAUUCAUUCCAAGAUAUUUGAGAACCACUCAACCUGUUCUUUCCUGAAUAAACACAGAAUGUCGAGCUCAAGCAGUGGCAGAAGCUGGAUUAGCUCCAUGAUUCUUAAUGGUGAAGCCAGGCUGGGAUCGAUGUCCGAAUUUGAUGAAGAUUCAGGAGAAGAAACCUUAAGUCGCCAGUCUAGUAUAGAAGAAGACUGUGUACUUCAUAAGGUCAUUGGACUUCCUCUAAUGAAGUCUUCCUUAUCCCGCCAUAGAAGCAUUAGUGUCACAAGUAGUGAAAGUGAACCAAUGUCACCAAUAUGGGACUCCAUAAGUCUAUCAAACAUUUUUGGGACACUGCCACGAAAAACCAGAAGACAAAGUAUCAGAAAAAAUUUCUUCAAAUUUAUGCCUGGUUUGCACAGAUCAGUAGAAGAGGAAGACACCCCGAUGUAACUGCUACUAUAUCAUUCUACUUUAUCAGCAUUAAUAAAGGAUCUGUCAAAAUAAUGUAAUAUACAAAACAACUGCUGUAUGAAUUCAGUACCAUUGGGAGACACAGACUGGGAGGCAAGACUGUUAUUAUUACUAAAGGCAAAAUCUAAUUUAUAAAUAGGAAUACUAGACUCUGGCCUAAAGGUGACCAGAGCAAAAUAAUUUUGAAAAGACCCCUUACUGUGGAAUUGUGCUGUACAUUUCAUAUCGUUUAGAUUGUAAAUUCUCCUUCCUAUUGUCUCACGUUUGUAUAACUGUUAGAAUCAUAUAAUUGUUGCAAUGCCCUGUAUGUAUUACUUACUCUGUACAGCAUUGGUGCUUUAUAUAUAAAUGAUAAUCACACACAGUAACUCCAAGUAAAUUCACUCACCAGCUAGGCUCAGUGAAGGGCCCAUUCUUAAUCAACAUUCACAGAAAUGUAGCAUAUUAACUAACUAUAACUACCCAUAUGACUGAAGUGAAGUUUGGUUCUUACCUUCAAAGCCAGGUGUCUGAGAGUAAUCAAGAAUGCUGAUGUCCCCUAUGCUGUCCACACAGACUGAGAAAAAGUACAUGUGGCCUAGGAGUGAAGCCAACCCUAGGUACAAUAUUAUUGACAUCCCCAGCCUGAAACCCAAUACCCUCUCUCCCCACCGCAACUGCCCUCAGCCUCCAUGGUGAGGACAGUUAUGCAGAGCCGCUCAACUGCAUAGACAUUAUGAUAGUGUCACUGUUGGCUUAGGUUCCGCCCCAUGGUCCCAAAGCUGAAGACAGUAAUUAGGCAAGUAGCCCCAAUCUCUCCCACACCUUCUUCACACAAAUUGGCACCCACAACACCUACUGUCCCCACUGGUGCUACAUUAAAAAAUUAUCUGUGGCUUUGAAGAGUGUGGUGGGCAGCCUGCUCUGCUGCACCCAGCAGGUUGCGCCCCUAGGCACAUGCCUCAUAUGUCUUGUUGGAAAUCAGCCACUGAGGAGUGUGACCAUGCAAACUAAAAGGAUUUUGACCAGCUUUAAUGUGACUCAGCUGGCUUCCCAAGAUGAAGUCCCACACCAAAAUCUGUCACUUAAGGGUGCCAAAGGGAGGCCAAGACCCGGAUACUUUGUACCUGUUCCUGCUUCCUCUUGGUUCCUAUGGUGAUAAUUUAUAGGCAUGAACACAAAAUGGCCGCCUCCACUGCAUGAGUGUUUUUUCUUCUUCAUUUUUCUCUACUUUUAUCCUAUUACUCUGCAAAUUGACCUCAACUCCUUUAAGUUGUUUUCCACUACAAAUCACUUUUUUUUAUUUCUCACAGUCAGUUGAUUUUUAUAAAUAAAUUUUGAA